GAAAGAGCAGCAAAGGAAACAAAGGACAUAUCUACACAAAAGAAAACACGAGAGAUGGGAAAUCACAUUUGACAAGGAAGGGUCGGAAGAAACGAAGUCUACGCUGUCGCUCGAGUAGUCAGGAUCAAGGGAAAGAGAUCAAGUGAAUGGCACUGUCUCUAUCUGUCCUCGGGGCUUUACUUGGCUUCACUUGGCUUCACUUGGCUUCAUUGUCUGAUGGCUUUCACCUCGAUCAAGAUAUUUGCUGGGUGAUGCUUUUUUAUCACCCUGUCCGCCGACGUCUACCGCUCCACACCCGAGAGAGGAUGCCAUUGCCACUGCUUGAAGCAGGCAGGCAGUCGUUGCCUCUCGCUUUGCCUUGAUCCUAAUGUUAGGUCUCUGGUCUAGUAUAUUUCCUCUACAAUGACGGAACAACGACAGUCUUUUAUGCCCUCGACCG